GUCCGAAGUGGAGAACAAGUAUGGGUCUCCGGAGCAUUCUCUCCUCGUUCCACUCUUCCAUUCGUCCACCUGCUAUGCCAAAGGCCAUGGGCAUCUGCAUUGCCCAUUCUUCCGGCAAUGGCAAAUACCUGUGGGUGUGUCGGGGACCCUAAAUUGUUAUCUUUCUACCUACCUUAUCCUCGACUCCCGGCCUGUACCCAUUUACUCUGUAAUAAAGCUACCAUUUCAUCUCCUCCCUGAGCUACCUUAACGAGCUAGCAACCUUACAACGUACCUUACCUACAGUAAAUCUCCAUACCUAUGUACCUUAUUCCUUCCCUCCCCCCCCCGCUUCGUGCCUUGGUUUUCGUACAGCUGCUGUUGUCUCCCGUCAUUUCCGACCCCUUGUCCAACCGACACUCCAACACCACGCCUGUAUGUACGAAGUACAUAGGUACAUAUGUUUGCCGCACGCAUAUGAGGAUUCUAACAGCCCAGGAGGCGGUCUUUCUGGUACCCUACGCAGUAUUCGUGCGAAUACUUCGAAAGUUGAGACAAGAUCUUGUCCCCUUCAAUCGUCCCUACCCCGGACGUCGCCCCUUCCCAUUUUGUUCCCGUCACCAUCUUACACUCAUCGCUUCACCAUCCCUUCUGCCACUCCUGUAUAAUCCAUACAUACUUCGUCUUUUGAAUCGUUCUGUGCGUGAUCCCUAUUCAACCACCUCAUCCCGCCAACACGAACAAAAUACAAAGAUAGUUUCUUGAAUCUAUUCAUACACCCACGCUCGUCAUCAUUCCACGCAGUCAAAAGUGUCUGGAAC